UGGUUAUUUCUCAUCAUUAUAAUAAAUAACUUAAUAUAAUUUAACCAAACCCUUAGUUACUAAUUUCUUAUACAAAUAAAUUUUAAUUUAAUUAAACAUUUAAUAAACAAGGAAUUAUAAUAACAGACAACAAUAACAAAAAAAUGCAAACAAUUCAUAAAGUGGAUGGAUUUACUGAAAUCUAUUUCAUGGUUGAUAAAAGAAAAAAAGGUUGGAUUACUAUGCCAGAGUUACGAAAGUAUAUGGAAGAGAAUGAUGUGGAUGAAAAGAUGUUUGAGCGUUGGAAAACUCUAUUUGAUCCUGAAUCUACUGGUCGUAUAACAUUGGAAAAAUUCUCUGAAGUAUUAGGUUUACAAGAAGAAGUUAUAAAUAUUCAAACUGCUAUUCAAGGAAAUGAAAUGCACGAUGUAAAUGUUAUUCAAUCAGAUAUGAAUACAAAAAUGAAAUUGACUAUUUGUGGACUAAUUGAUGAAGGGAUAUUGAUUUAUCAUGAUGAUUUGAAAUUAGUUGAGUUCUUGAAAGAUGAAUUGGAUAAGUAUUUUGGAAAGUUAUGGAAUGUAAUCAUCAUCUAUGGUCGAUAUUGGUCACGUUAUUGUCAUGAAACAGGUUAUAAUUUUUGUUUUAUCAAAGACGACCGUAUAUUCCUAGUAUACAAGAUUCCGGAUAUAUAAGAGAAAAAUAAGAUAUUUCAAUCACAUUCCAUUCUUGAAGAUAUUUUUAUGAUAACUCUGAAGCAAAAAUGAUGAACACAAAGACUUCUCUUGUUUUGAUAUUUUACGUGUAAAUUUUGAUUCCGGUUUAUUCAUAAGUUUGUCGAAUUCUUUGACUACAUAACAACCAAUCAAUGAUUAUAUAAAAGUUGGACUUAUAUUUUAGCUAACAAAAAACAUGUGGUGAAAUGUAUAAGUAGUAUAUUUCAUGUUUAUACUCACUGUAUGUGGUUAAAAUGUUCGGUGAAAGAUAACGGUUUUGACGGGACCUGCAAUGUUAAAUAAUUACUGUCAGGUGUAUGGCCUGUACUUACAUCCAAACUAAAUUGUACUUACUAAGCAAAAUAAAGACGUAGUUAAAUGCAAUAAAAUGUUAUUACAG